UUAACAGAUUUGCAACCCACCUCCAUAAGCCAUUCGAACACUGCACAAACUGAUUGGAAGAGUCUUUUGGCAAAAAAAAAUAAAAAAAAUGGCUGCUGUUUGCGCUUCUUCUGCCAUUGCAGCCGUUUCCAUCUCUUCUUCCAGUUCCCAGAAGACUGCAUCCCUUGUCGGGUCAACAAAGGCUUCUUUUCUUAGGGGAAAGAAACUGAGACUGAAGACGUACACGUCACCAACCGCAGCUCGAUCAGUUACAGUUUGUGUUGCAGCUGACCCUGAUAGACCCCUCUGGUUCCCAGGCAGCACCCCUCCUCCAUGGCUUGAUGGCAGCCUCCCUGGAGACUUUGGCUUUGAUCCUCUAGGUCUUGGAUCUGAUCCUGAAACUCUGAGAUGGAAUGUGCAAGCAGAACUUGUUCACUGUAGAUGGGCAAUGUUAGGUGCUGCUGGUAUUUUCAUCCCAGAAUUCCUAACAAAGAUUGGCAUCCUAAACACCCCCUCAUGGUACACUGCUGGAGAACUUGAAUACUUCACUGACACCACCACACUCUUCAUUGUUGAGUUAAUCUUUAUAGGCUGGGCCGAGGGAAGAAGAUGGGCUGAUAUUCUCAAGCCAGGGUGCGUUAACACUGAUCCUAUCUUCCCUAACAACAAACUCACUGGUACAGAUGUUGGUUACCCAGGUGGGCUAUGGUUUGACCCACUUGGAUGGGGCAGUGGUUCUCCCGAGAAGAUCAAGGAAUUGAGGACAAAGGAGAUCAAGAAUGGAAGAUUGGCUAUGUUGGCUGUGAUGGGUGCUUGGUUCCAACACAUUUACACUGGCACCGGUCCUAUUGACAACCUCUUUGCUCACCUAGCAGAUCCUGGUCACGCCACCGUUUUUGCUGCUUUUACCCCCAAGUGAGAAACGCCGGCGAGCAUGCUUCCCUAAGGAAGGAGCUUAAAGAAAUAUUUGUCGAUAGAACCUUUGUAUCAUUAUUAGAACUUGUAAUGUCUGAUAACUACGAUUUCUCAUAGAGUGCUGUUGCAAUGUACAAAAACCACCCCUUGAACUUAGAUGUCACCGAUAUAUUUGAGCUAGUAACAAAAGUUGCCCAGAAAAGCAACCGUUCCGAAUCACAUGAAA